AUGGAGAAGCUGCUCGCCACCUGCGUCGCUCUCCUGGUCGCCUCCUCAGGUAGGAGACUCUCUCUGCUCACCUAAGACUCAUCUCUUUUUUUCACUUUACAGGCUGAAUUUAAAGGAAAAAAACACCUGAAACUGUAAAAUAGUUAUAGUCUAACAUAUCUUUAUGAUGUCUCAGACUGAAAACUUGGAAUAAUAUGAACAAAAACUCUCCUCUAUGAAACAUUCUGAAAAAGAGCAAAAACCUCAGAAAUCAGGAGGUUUUUAAACAGGCAGAUGAUAGAAAAUAAAUUAGAGAUACAACAUCACUGCAGCUUUUUCUGCCUAUUUUCUGUUAACAGACGACAGAGACUGUGUUGUUUUUUUAAAUUCAAGGUUUUCAUAAUAUUUUCGGUGAGUUUAGCUCAUCAUUUUUCUCAGUAAGGGUUUAAAAGAGUCAGAAAUCAGAGAGAGGAUGGACACUGACACAAUAAGGAGGACAUACUACAACAAAAAACUAAAAAUAAUCUCCCUAACAGAAGAUAAUAGGAGUUUGUUUAAAUAGAGCGUAAUUAAUUUAUUACACUAUUACAUUAUAACAUUAUAACAUUAUAAGACUAAUACACUAUAACUUUAAGAAACUAAUUCACUAUUACAGUAUGACACUAAUAAACUAUUACAAUAUAACACUAAUACACUAUAACAGUGUAACGCUAAUACACUAUAACAUAACAUUUAUUACACUAAUAUAUUAUCACACUAAUACACUAUUAUAUUAUAACAUUAUAAGACUAAUACACUAUAACUUUAAGAAACUAAUUCACUAUUACAGUAUGACACUAAUACACUAUUACAAUAUAACACUAAUACACUAUAACAGUGUAACGCUAAUACACUAUAACAUUAUAACAUUUAUUACACUAAUAUAUUAUCACACUAAUACACUAUUACAUUAUAACACUAAUAAACUAUUAUAGUAUAACACUAAUGCACUAUUACAGUAAAACACUGAUACACCAUAACAUUAUAACAUCAAUACACUAUUACAGUAUGACACUAAUAAACUACUACAUUUUCACUCUUAUAAACUAUAACAUUAUAACACUUAUACACAGUGAAGGAUACAUUGACCCGUAUCCUUCAAGUGAAGGUGGACAGCUGAGUCCUGAUCUGAGGAAGUGGCUCUCCUGUGUUGAGCCAUGCGCUUGUGAAGCAGUUGUUUAGUUUCCCCAAUGUACAGGUCCGAGCAUUCCUCACUGCACUGGACAGCGUACACCACAUUACUCUGUUUAUGUCUCGGUGUUUUGUCCUUGGGACGGACUAGCUUCUGCCUUAGUGUGUUACCAGGCUUGAAAUUAACAGGAAUAUGGUGUUUGCCAAAGAUCCUCUUGAGUUUUUCCGACAGGCCUGCAACGUAAGGGAUUACAGUGCUCUUGCGUCUCUCCUCCCUUUCAUGUUCAGUGUUAUUUCUCUUUCUGUUCUUUACAAAGGCCCACUUAGGGUAUCCACAGGUUGUCAGGGCAUUUUUGAUGUGCUUCUGUUCCUUUUCCUUACCUUCUUUCUUCGUGGGAAUAUUCUCAGCCCGGUGGUUGAGUGUUCUGAUGACACCCAGUUUGUGCUGGGCACAAGCUGUCCACCUUCAAUUGAAGGAUACGGGUCACUCUUUCGAGGACAGCAAUGUACAGGUGCUGGCUCGAGAAGACAGAUUGUUUGAAAGAGGAGUUAAAGAAGCCAUCUUUACCAGGCUGGAGAAACCUUCUCUGAACAGAGGGGGUGGACUCAGGCACAAUCUCUCUGGCACUUACAAUGCAGUUCUCAGCUCUCUCCCCAGGAAGCUCCACAAACAUUCACACCUGGAACCACAUGACCCAGGUGGCAUGAGUCAUGUGGUCACAUGACAGGAGUCGCUAACGACCCUUUCAGGUUAACGACUUGGGGGGGGGGGGGGGACACACCCAGAGAUGGGUUUCUACGACCCAUUCUUUUCAACUCCACCCAGUCGUUAUCUGUCCCCUUCUCCAGUAAGAUAAAUAUCUGCUCCUCACACUAGCAAUAUUUAGAACUGAAGAAGCUUCUUGGAUAAGAGGCGAAACGUCUUCUCAACUCUACACAGUCCAGUUGCCUGUUUUAAGUCUUCAAGAUUACAUCAUGACACUAAUAAACUACUACAUUUUCACACUUAUAAACUAUAACAUUAUAACACUAAUACACUGUUACAUUGUAACACUUAUAAACUAUUACAGUAUAACACAAAUACACUAUUAGAUUAUAACACUAAUUAACUAUGACAUUAUAACAAUAACUAUUACAGUAUAACACUAAUACACUAUAACAUUAUAACAUUAUAAGACUAAUACAUUAUGACACUAAUAAACUAUUACAUUUUCUCUCUUUUAAACUAUAACAUUAUAACACUAAUACACUAUGACAUAACACUUAUAAACUAUUACAGUAUAAUACUAAUACACUAUUACAUUAUAACACUAAUACACUAUCACCGUAUAACACUAAUACACUAUUACAGUACAACACUAAUACACUAUUACAUUAGUACAAUAUUACAUCUAAGUUUUAAACAUUGACAUUAUUACACUACUACACUAUUAUAUAUUUAGACUAUAACAUUAUUACACUAGUUCUCUGUCCAUAGGGGGGUGCCAAAAUCAACAAAGAAAGAUUGAUAUUUUUAACUUUACCCAUUUUAUCUGACAAACAUCUUAUCUUUAUCUUUGCCCUCAGUUUCCUAAACCACAACUCCUGUAACCAUGAUAACCAACUUAAUUUCCUCCCCAGCAUCAUCAUCUGAUGUCACUAUACGCGCAGUAACCAUGACAACAGGCAGUAACAUCAACUCAACUGUUAACUCAACGACAGCAGCCAUCAACAGCUUCAGCUCUGACCCACCCACAGCGUCACCUGACUCCGGUGCCGCUAAUGUCACAACAAUCAGCAAAACCGCCCAGCCCAGCAACACCAGCAACACCGUUACGACUGGUGUUACCAUGGCGACAAUCUCUCCAAACAGCACCAAUGGCUCCCCCGUAACCAUAACAACAAACACCACACAGGCUGCCAGUGAUUCCCCCGGCAACACCAUUCAGACAAACUCUACAGUCACCACACAGAUGUCCAACAUCACCAUGGCAAAAACAGUUACAGCAACCAGCAGUGUAGCCCCCCCAUCAGCUGGGGGGGUUCCUGGGUGGGGAAUCGCCCUGCUUGUCCUCGCUGCUCUGGCGCUGCUGCUGCUCCUGCUGCUGCUGAUCGCCCUGGUGAGUCCGGCGCCUCUGAUCAGGUCAGAGGUCAGGAGGCUGUUAGCUCAGCUGAUGCUGCGUUCAGGUCACCGCGGAAGUCAGGUGUCUGAGCUGGGGAUGACGUCGCACCCGAGUUACCAGCAUUUCAGUGACCAAGUCAGAAAAAAACAGAAAACAAGAUGUUGCAAAGGGACCAAAUAUUUGUCCAGAAGUUACAUCAAUUCCGAUGAGGCAAGCGCUUAAGUAACUUUCGUACAUGUAGCCAUCUUGUUUCCGCCUCCGAUUUAGUUUUUUUCUGACUUCAUGGAUGAAACGCUGUUAACUCAGGUGUGACGUCAUUUUCAGCUCCGACAUUUCACUUCCAAGAUAACUUGAACAUAGCAUUAGCUUCAGGAGGAGGGGACUCUGUGGACCCGUAGUUUCCUGUAUUUUUCUGUCGUUUCCAGCAGUUUUCUUUAGUUUUCUGUAGUCUUCUGUAGUUUUCUGAUUUUCCUGUAGUUUUCUGUAGUUUCCAGCAGUUUUCUGUAGUUUCCUGUUGUUUUCUGUAGUUCCCUGUAGUUUCUGGUAGUUUUCUGUAGUUUCAUGUAGUUUUUUGUAGUUUCAUGUAGUUUUCGGCGGUUUCCUGUAGUUAUCAGUGAGCAGAGAUAUAAACAGAUGUGACCGUCUCUCGAUGGGUCUUUCUGAUUGGAUAUUAUCAGACCAAUCAGCUCCUACGUUGAAUAGUUGUAGUGUCUUAGGUAGAAGAGCAGCAGGUCUCACUCACAGUCUCUCUCUCUCUUUCCUUUCCAGCUGGUUUGGUGGUGCUGCUGUAGGGGGCGUCACAAAGACUUCAGCCCCUAUGAUACACUGUCCCACAGAGAUGACAUUCCUCUGUACACCACGCAUGGGCGAUUCGGACGUCCCAACGGGGACACUUUUGUAAGUAAACCAAUUAUUUUGCCAACAGUUUAUUGAUCUUUUACCGAUAGUUUAUUGAUAUUUUGCCAAUAUUUUAUUGAUAUUUUGCUGACAGUUUAUUGAUAUUUUGCUAAUAGUUUAUUGAUAGUUUACCAAUAGUUUCCUGAUAUUUUGCCGAUAGUUUAUUGAUAUUUUGCUGAUAGUUUAUUAAUAUUUUGCUGAUAGUUUAUUGAUAUUUUUCAGACAGUUUAUUGAUAGUUAACUGAUCGUGUAUUGAUAUUUUGCCAAUAGUUUCCUGAUAUUUUUCUGAUAGUUUAUCCAUAGUUUGCUGUGUGAUGUCUCCUGCCCCCUCAGGUGUGUGUGGUCCUCAUGGGUGUGUGAUGCUGUAAUGGUUUUCUCCUGUUUGUGUUUGUAAUGAGUCACAGUCAACAUUUACUCAGGGAUCGGACGGCAAUAAUGUCGCACCUCCCUGUGCGUUAGAGUGAUUGAUGUUUCCAUGACAACGGGUUAACCAAUAAAGCUAUCAGUUGGAGGGGCUGAGUGUUAAGAGUGUUUUCUGUUGGCGCUGUGAUUGCCUCAUACUGACAUAGAGUAAAUCAUUAUACAGUCCAACUGUUUUUAACCCUUUAAUCACUCUGCAUGCUGUCUGAGUGAAAACAUGAUCCUCUAACAAUAACUGUGACUCAGUCUGUGAAAACAUGGACAGCACUCUCUUUGAAAGCUCCUACCAGGGUUUUUUUGGACAUUUAUGACACAGACUAAAAUACAAACCAAAGCCUUUUAAUGACGUCCAGAAGAAACCAGGAGCAUCAUUUUCACAUCUUCAUUCCUGAUGUUCACAGCAAAUCAGCAGAAUUUCAACAUGAGUUUGUCACAGACUCACCUGAGAGUCCACGUUUCCUCUGUGUGUUCAGGGUUUGGAGGCUCUCAUGUAAAACUCACAUUUCAGGUGUUUUAUUUGAGAAUUGAGAAGAAUGAACUUCUCUGAUUUACUUCGUGAACCAUGUGAGGCUUGUGGCUCGUUGAAAGGAUUAAAUGAUAAAAUGAUUAUUAUUCAUCACAUUUCAUAUAUUUUCCCAUUGAACUGUUUACAUUUCAUGUAGUUAGAAACCUUUGAAACAGUAAAGUUAAGUGGUAAAACUUGAAACAGAAUCUGGGAAAAUAAAAUGAACUUAAGAAAAGAAACUUGUAUAAUUGAUCAGAUAAACUUUCUGCUUUAAUGAUGAAUUUCUCUGUUCGUGUUUUUACAGGAUGAGGCGGACAAACCCAUGAAGAGGAGGGCGAGUGUGUACACCAUCAACCAGUAACCCUGACCUGAUCCCUCAGAAACCACCAAACACUCUCUCUUUUUGAUUAAAAUAUUAUUUAAAUAUUGAAGGUGAAAAUGGAGCUUUAUUUUUAUGAUUUUAAAGAUUGAAACAAUCAAAUUUUAAUGAGAAACUUUACAAUAAUGUAACGCCGG